GAUUAACAAAAUGCGCAAGAAUACCGUUACCUUGAUUUUGUUCCUGUCGUUUUUCCUCGUCUUGGACUUGCUCCUUGUGUCGGGAGUGGACUCGAAGAUUGUCCUCACAUGUGGGACCGGAGAAAAACGCAAGGACGUGGACGGGCGGGAAUGGGAACCUGACACCAAGUACUUCACCUCCUCGAGCUCGACCUCUUCGCAGGCCUCCUUUCAGGACCCGUCCCUCCCCUCCGAGGUCCCUUACAUGACCGCGAGAAUCUUCACGACCGAGGCGACCUACAAGCUCCCCGUGAAGGCCGACAACCGGUACUGGAUCCGGCUCCAUUUCUACCCCGCAACUUAUGGCUCCCUCGACCCCAGCGAUGCAUACUUCGACGUGGUUGCCGCCGGAAUCUCGCUCUUGAAGAACUUCAGUGCUUCUGAAACCAGCAGAGCCCUCACUCAGGCUUAUAUCGUGAAGGAGUACUCUCUCGCGCCAGCGACCGCCGAUUUCAUUAAUGUGACCUUCACACCCUCGAAGGAGCACCAAGGGUCGUUUGCUUUUAUCAACGGGAUCGAACUGAUUCCCAUCCCGGACAUGUUCAGCUCAGCCCAGAUGGUCGGGUUCAAGGACAUGCCCGUGGAUGUCAAGACCUCAAGCUUGCAGACGAUGUACCGGUUAAAUGUUGGCGGCCAAUAUAUUGCUGCCAUGGAUGACACUGAGCUGAGGACUUGGUAUGAUGACACACCUUAUCUCUAUGGGGCAGUUGGGGGUGUCCUGACCAUGGCAAAUAAAUCAGACGGGCCCGAUUACGGGAUCGAUUACAAUGGAAUGCCCCAAUAUAUCGCCCCAUUGGCAGUUUAUUACACCGCGAGAGCGAUGGGGUAUGACGGGGACCUCAACAAGAACUACAAUCUGACAUGGCAGUUCCAGGUCGACGCGAAUUUUACUUACCUGGUGAGGCUUCACUUUUGCGAUUACCAGGACGACAAGGUGAAUCAGAGGGUAUUUGAUAUCUACAUCAAUAAUCAGACAGCCCAGGCCGGAGCUGAUGUCAUUGGGUGGGCAACCCGUAAGUCAGUCCCCGUGUACAAGGACUACGCUAUUUAUGUUGCAGACACGACCGGGGAUGACCAUAUCACAUUAGCCCUCCACCCCUCGGUCACUGCGGACCCACCACCUGAGUUCUAUGAUGCAAUUCUGAACGGGUUGGAGAUUUUCAAGAUGAACGACCCGACAGGGAACCUAGCCGGGCCCAACCCGCAGCCUUCAGAGAUGCUCCUCAAGGCCGAGGCUGAGGCAGCCGCCAAGGCCAACGCUGCCAAGGGCUUCUCCUCCACUAGCAGCAACAUCCACGUGAUUGGUGGGGCUGCCGGUGGCGCAGCAGCCUUCGGGGCCAUGGCGGCAAUCUGCAUAACCGUCUACAUGAGGAAAAAGAGAAUCCACGGAGUGGACUCCCACACCACCAGUUGGCUUCCUAUCUCCAAGUUCUCCCACACGAACGGCAGCAAAUCCCACAAUUCCGUCACCAGCCACCUCUCGUCGGAGGCCCAGGGCCUCAGCCGCCGGUUCUCACUGGCUGAGAUCAAACAGGCCACAAAGGGCUUCGACGAGUCUUAUGUCAUUGGUGUCGGAGGGUUUGGCAAGGUCUACAAGGGAGUCAUUGAUAAGACCACAAAGGUCGCCAUUAAGAGAUCGAACCCCCAAUCCGAGCAGGGCGUCCAUGAGUUCCAGACCGAGGUUGAGAUGCUCUCGAAGCUGAGGCACAAGCAUUUGGUGUCUCUCAUCGGCUACUGCGAGGAAGACAAUGAGAUGUGCCUGGUCUAUGAUUACAUGGCACGGGGAACCCUCAGGGAACACAUUUACAAGGGCAACAAUCCUCAGCUUUCAUGGAAGCAGAGGCUUGAGAUCUGCAUCGGGGCAGCCAGAGGGCUCCAUUACCUUCACACGGGAGCAAGGUACACGAUCAUUCACAGAGAUGUUAAGACCACCAAUAUUCUCUUGGACGAGAACUGGGUCGCCAAGGUUUCCGACUUCGGUCUCUCGAAGACGGGGCCAAACAUGGAUAAGGGGCACGUCAGCACAGUUGUGAAGGGAAGUUUCGGGUACCUAGACCCAGAGUACUUCCGGAGGCAACAGCUGACGGAGAAGUCUGAUAUCUACUCAUUUGGGGUUGUCCUCUUCGAGGUCCUAUGUGCCCGGCCAGCCCUGAAUCCAAACCUCCCCAAGGAACAGGUCAGCCUUGCCGACUGGGCGCAGCACUGCACGAGGAAGGGCAUCCUCGAGGACAUCAUCGACCCCCAUAUCAAGGGUAAGAUCAACCCCGAAUGCCUCAAGAAGUUCGCCGAGACCGCACAGAAGUGCCUCUCUGAGGCCGGAGUAGACCGUCCCUCUAUGGGAGACGUCCUGUGGAACCUAGAGUUCGCCCUCCAGCUGCAGGAGAACGUCGACGGCUCGAGCCAUUCCACAAGGGAGAGGACGAGCGACUUCGACGAGAUCAGCCUGAAGGACAACAACGUCAGGCUCCACAUUAGCAACCUGAGCCUUGGGAGCGAGCAUGAGAUGAAUCAGGGACUGGAGGACGGAAACUCGACCGAGAUCUUUUCGCAGAUUGUGAACCCGAAGGGGAGAUAACUGGGGGGUAGAAAAAUCAAACAUCAAAGAUUCACCCGCUCAAGUUUUUCUAAUGACCUGUUAUUCCGUAAUGGUAAAAGCUAAAAUAGGAUUUACAGGCUACAUGAACUAAACAGCGACCACUAAGACGAUUUCUGGUUCUCUACUCGUGUAAUCCAUGUACAAAAGAAAUUUUACAAAGUGGCAUAACCUAGCAUUACCUUAU